GAGCCAGCGUCAAACGCGUCAAACUCUUUGUUUACGACUGUUUGCCAGCAUAAAUUUCUUCGCAGCUCAGGAGCGUGAAUAUUCGUGUGCAGCUGAGAAGUAACAUCUAGUAUCUAGUGCGUCUACAAAGUUUUCAAACAAAAACCUUUGCCACUGCAACCCCAAGGGACCUGCUUCGCUGCGUUGAUUUGUGAUGCAGUCAGUGACCCGUUUUUUGUUUUUUUUUCUUUCAACAGCUAGCAGCUGAUUCCUCGAACAACAAAACAGGGAAACAGUUUGUGCGUCUCUUGAAUGAGUGCGUAUUUGGAUGGGGGUGCGGAUCAACUGUUGGUAUCCGCUGGUAACAACAAUCCGAAUUGCGUCUGUUUCAAUUGAACAAUUCAGUGGAACGGAACGCAAUGGAAAUUGCAGCAGAAGCUGAUGCGGAUACAUCUGGAGGUUCAUCAAAUUUGUUCGAGGAAGACCCAGUAAGGCUUCAUCCAACGAGUUCUGCCGAAGAAGUGGAGGAUAUCGAUAAUUUGAACGAGGGAGAAAUUGAGGUGCUAGAAGAGGAAGUGUUGGAGGAUGAGUAUGUUCCAGCGGAUUUGGUUCCAGUUGAAGAAGUGCAACAGGAAAAUGCUGCUUCCCAGGAUGAUCCUGGGGGAGCAAUGUUUAUCAAUCAACCAACGAUUAAUAUGGAAAUUGAUUUGGCCCGCAUCCAUCAGCCUGGUUUCCUGUCACCUGUGGUGAUAUUGAACAGCAGUUUGAUGGUGGAGCCCGUCCCGGAGGCUCAGGCAACUAUCGAAAUCCUCCAAGAGCAGGAUGAUGACCAGGGAGCAGAAGAUGACGUGGAUAGAGCAGCGUCGGCUGCAGCGACUGCUGCCAUGAUGGAAGGCCCGAUAGUACUGAUUGAAGAUACCUUGCGGAUGGGUGCUCAUGCACAGGAACCUCAAGCUGGUCCGUCUAGUAAUAGGUACCUGCCAGAAACGCCAAUAAGUCGUAAACGACGACGAACGGUGACCCCGCAGAAACCAGCUCCACCGCCACCCACAGUGGAUCCGCAGUACGACGACGAUGACGAUGGAACAAUCUGCUCGAUUUGCCUGGACAGCUGGACCCUGACCGGUGAGCAUCGAUUGGUAUCACUCAAGUGCGGACACUUGUUUGGGUACAUGUGCAUCAAACGCUGGCUGCAGGACAAUCCGGUACAGAGCCGAUCGUGUGCCACGUGCAAAACGAAGGCCCAUCUCAGGGACAUACGACAUCUGUAUGCCAAAGCGGUGAAAGCGGUGGACAAUUCCGAGGAAAUGAGACUGCGCCAUCAAGUAGAGGAGGAGAAGAUGAAAGUAAGUAAGCUGGCAGUUGAGCUGCAAGUGGCCAGUAUGGAGUUGGAGUUGCAACGAACGCUGGCAAACGAGUUACGUUUAAAAUUAAAAGACUACGAACAACGAGGUGAGCUCAGAACGAACGCUUCCUUGAUGGGGGAAGUUGCUAGUGUUGCUAAGGGGCUGCGUAACUACAAAAUUGCCUUGGACAAAACUAUCGAUCUAUGCCGUGAACCGGGGUGUAGGGUAAUGGCCUAUGGAAGCAAACGUCACCACUUGUUGAUCUCACAAAAGUCCACCCAGAAUCUUUUUCCCGGCUAUUCAAUUAAGUUCGUAGAUAUACCAACAUUCCAGCAUUCGUCGGUGCUUCAUAUAUCGGGUAAAAUGAUCCGAGACAUCAGCAUAGACGUCGAGGAUGAUCUGUUUACUGCCGCUACGAGCGAACGCUGUGUAAAGCUAUUUUCGUUUAACAAUCGCUCGGUUGUGACUUUCACACCAUCGGAUGCAAACGUGUGGUCCUGUGCCUUUGACCGGGAGAGAAGUAAGUUCCUGUACCUUGGUACUCAAUCUGGAGCAGUGUACGUGUACGAUAUUCGAAACAGCAAUCAGUUCGUGGAAGAGUUCCGCACGGAGGGCGAUUGCUCGCCAAUUAUAAACAUUUGUCCGGUUUCGUCGAGUAGUUCAAUUCCUUUCGGUGGCUUCCUCGUUUGUAAACUCACAUCCUGCUGGUUCUUCGAAUACACAGCAGCCCAGAGGGUCGAGUCUACACGACUCAACGUAGAUGGCCCGUUUACUGCCAUGAAUUAUUGCGAAAACACUGGCUAUAUCAUGAUAACCACCCGACCUAGCAGUCGUCACUCGAGGGCUCGCUACAUUCUUGCAAGCUUGGUAAAAUUGGACUCGAUAUGUGCGCUGCAUAUCGUUCACACCAUUUUCGGUUCCUCCGUUGAGCCUAACAUGGUUCGCAGUGCCCAAAUCAGUUUGGACAAAAAUAAUACUCUGGUGGCGGCCUACCUACAGGACGAUCGCCAACUGGCUACCUGGAGCGCCAGCAAAGGGAGCGAUCGAGUGCAGAGUCUUCCGGUUUCCGAUGUACUGUGGGAUCUCUGUCCGAUUUACGAUUCGAACCAGGUCUUCUUGGCAGCACUUUCGGACAGCAAGUGCCGCGUGUACCGGGCCUAUUCUGAGUAGUUUUUAUCCACUUGGAGAAACAGAGUAAGUACAAGAGCGCGAUUGUGUUAUUGAGUUUUCUAAUGCAGUGCAUGAAACGGUGAACUGUCGUACGGUUUUCCAUUUUGUUCGCUUGUGAUGAUCCGCGUAUUAUACAUAGUCUUCACAAAAAGCAAAGUACCAAAUCAAUAAUGACCACUGUUUCUAGGUUAAUUGAGUGAGUUUUUUUUAUAACUGCAUUCGUACAAAUAAAAAGCCAUUCAUACGAAUACGA